AGGAUGUACCUCCCCUUCCUCCCGAGCCCCCCUGCCAUUGGCCCCGCUGAGCCGCCAGUCAGCAGCACGGCGGCGCCCGAUUGGCCAAGCGGCGGCGGGCCCGCGGCGGCGGCGAUGGCGGCCGAGCGGGCCGUGAGGGAGCGGCGGCCGCCAUUUUGUGUGUGUGGAGGCCGGGCCCGCGCCGCGCCGCCGCCCCCGGCCCGCCCUGCCCCGGGAGCGGAGCUCACGGCUCCCCGCCGGCCCUCAGUGGCAGCUGCAGGCAGGGAGGCUCUGAGCUGCCAGCAGCCUCUCCCCAGCAAGCGGCGAGCCUGGCCGCCUCCAGCCUCGGGUGCUUUGUGCUUUCAGGGCUCUGCCUGGGACAGGAACGGCCUCAGGGAGGAGGGUUCAGUCCCUCCCUUGGGCAGAGCGGCCUGGCUCCUGCCAGAAGGGACCCAACCUGUCUCUGGGGGGGCAUUCAGGUCUCCCUGAAGAAGCAGGAACAAAGGGCAGUUGGCUCCAGCAGCCUGGGAAGGAGCAGAGUGGUGGCAGCAGCAGAAGGGAUGUGCCUCAGAGGCCUGGCAGCAGCGGCUGCCCCCCCCCCCCAGGGGUCACUGCCCUCGGCUGCCUCCCCCUCAGCAGGCAGUAACUGCUGCCCUUUCCGCUCUGGGCACCGCCAGGAGCUUACUUGUUCUCAGUGAGCCGAGCUGGGCUGGAGCUCGCCUGCCCUGACCUCUGUGGGGAAGCUCCUGCCCCUUACUGAGCCACUCCGAGGUUCCAAGGCUCCCCCAGCGCCGUGGGUCCGUGUGUGCCGGGGCUCUGGGCGCAGGAGGGGCCCGGCUGAGCCUGUGCCAGGAGCUGAGGUGCGGUGCCUCCAUUCCUGCAGCGAGCACAGAAUAAAGGAGGCCGUGCUGGUGGAGCCCCAGCAGCCUGGGCAGCUCACCCAUGUGCUACUU